AUGAAACCAAGGUUCCUAUCACAUACCACUCGCCUUCUUGCCAAACCAUUCAAAGUUGCAAUUGUUGGUACAGGACCUGGAGGGUUCUAUACUGCCCAUCAUUUGCUUAACAAAUCCUCACCAGAUGUCAAAUUGAGCAUUGAUUUUUUUGAAAAAUUGCCCACACCAUAUGGGUUGAGUCGAUAUGGUGUAGCACCAGAUCAUCCGGAGGUGAAAAAUUGUGAAGAUCAUAUGAUUAACAUAAUGAAAGAUUUUGGAAAUUCAGAAAGCCGCCACAAAGUGCGGUUUUUGGGUAAUAUUGAGGUUGGGAAGGAUAUCUCCUUAAAGGAAUUGGAAAACAAUUACAAUUCAAUUGUGUUGGCUUAUGGGUGUACAUCAGCAGAUAACAAGCUUUCUAUCCCAGGAGCAGAUUUACCAGGAGUUGUUCCAGCUAGACAAUUUGUGAAUUGGUAUAAUGGACACCCAGACUAUUAUGGCAAGAACAAGUAUAUCCCUCCGCCACUAGAUAAAAUUGAUACAGUUUCAAUUAUUGGAAAUGGUAAUGUUGCAUUGGAUGUGGCUAGAAUAUUACUUGCUGACCCUCGUAAACAUUGGGCUAAAACGGAUAUUUCUGUCGACGCCCAACAAUUGUUGGAAAAAAGCACUGUCAAACACGUUAGAAUAAUCGCCAGAAGAGGAAUUUUGGAGUCAGCCUUUUCUAACAAAGAAAUAAGAGAGUUAUUAGAAUUGCCUGUUAAAUUUGUACCAUUGGCCAAAGAUUUAUUAGAUUUUGAUACAAAAAAGUUGGGAAGAGUUGAUAAGCGAAGAGUAUCACUUCUUGAAAAAUAUAGCAAGCAACAAAAGGGAGAUACCAACCGCUCAUGGGAAUUAGAAUACUAUAAAAGCCCAAUAGAAUUCAUACCAGGUGAAAACAAUCUCUUAAAAAGUACAAAGUUUGUUAUAAAUAAACCAGCAAAUGAUCCUUUAGCUCCUCACAAAGUCGAACCUACGAAUGAAACAGUGACAGAAAAUAAUGAACUAGUUAUUUUAUCAAUAGGAUACCAAGGGUCUCCAAUCCAAGGUUUGGAGGAGUUAGGUAUAUGGUAUGAAAAAAAUAGACUUCAAAAUAAAAGUGGAAGAAUAUUAUCUACGAAAUCGAAGGACAAAGACGAACACAAUGCUGUUUUCAAGCCAGGUUGGUAUGCUGCUGGAUGGAUCAAGAAUGGACCCAAAGGAGCAAUCGCAUCGACAAUGAUGGAUUCAUUUGACACCGCUGAUAAGAUUCUAGAAGAUUUAGCAAAUGAUGCAUAUAUUAAAACCAACUCCGACAAGGAGUUAGAGUUCUCAAAUGCUAUGUAUUGGGAUAAGUGGGAAAAAUUGAACACUUACGAACUUGAAAAAGGUGAGGCAUUAGGGAAGAGUCGCCUCAAAGUGUGCAAUAAAGAUGAAAUGUUGGAUGUGAUGAAGUAG